UUGAAACCACAAGCAUGGAACAUUUUGAUCAAAUUAUGAACAUUAAUGUUCGGUCUGUCUACAAUCUCACUCGCCUGGCUGUGCCCCAUCUCAUCCAGAGCCAUGGCUCCAUUGUCAACGUGUCCAGUGUCAAUGGCCAGCGAUCGUUCCCUGGGGUCGUGGCCUACUGCAUGUCAAAAUCAGCCCUGGACCAGUUCACACGGUGCUUGGCCCUCGAUCUGGCCCCCAAGAAAGUUCGAGUGAAUGCUGUGUGCCCUGGAGUGAUUGUGACGGACAUCCAUAAGCGAGCAGGCCUGGGUGAGAGCGAAUAUGCUGAGUUCCUAAAUAAAUGCAAGGUGACCCAUGCCUUGGGACGACCUGGACAGGUGGAUGAAGUAGCCCAAGCAAUUGCCUUCCUGGCCUCUGAUGCAGCUUCUUUCAUCACUGGAGUCACGCUGCCAGUGGAUGGUGGGCGCCAUGCUAUGUGUCCACGGUGAGUGGACAAACUCUUACAUGUGCCACGUGAGGAUCCGAGUUUUAGAGCCUGGUCACCUUGUCAUUGUCAAUGUUCCCAGCAGCUACAGCACUUUGAAACACCAUCACUAAUGAGGAAAUGACCAGGUGAUGUUUCUGAAUGGAUUUCCAGGGAAACGACAGGCUAAGGAUCAAAGUGCACUGAAGUUUGGAUGCAUUUCCACUCCACUCAAGGUUUUCUUCAAAUUUAAUAAAAUCCAUGCCCAUUCAGUCCCUGAAACUGUUGUUUCUUUUAUCUUCACUGCAGUAGAAUUUGGUGCAAACUGUGUUGAUUUUCACUGAAUGACAUUGGACUCAAAAUGUUAAUUCUUUCUUCUCUCCUGAAAAAUGUUGCCACACCUGCUAAAUAUGUCCAGCAUUUUCUGUCUUUAUUUCAGAUCUUCAGCACCUUUUUAUCAGUUUCAAACCCUGCUACCCUUGUUUUACCUGAGUGCAAUUCCCAAUCUCCUGAGCGCUCACUGAUCUGCCCUGGCUGUCAGUGAAGCAACACCUUGAUUUUGAAAUUCUCAUCCUUGUUUUCAAAUCCCUGUGUGAUUUCACUACUGCUUAGCUCAGGAAUCUCCUCCAGCCUUCUGAGAUAUUGGCGCUGUUUUACUUCUGGCGUCAAAAUCACUCCACAUGUCUUCAGUUGCCCAGGGCCUAAUCUGCGGAGUUCCCUUACUGCACCUCUCCAUUCCCUACAUAUAACUAUCCUCAACUGACCUUUUUGACCCAGCUUCUGGUCACCUGGUCUGUUAUCUCAUCAUGUGGUUCAGCGUCAAGAAAGAUUUCUGUGAAGUGCCCUAGAAUGCUUUGCAUUGUUUAGGGAGCUGUGUAUAUAUAAAUGCACCAACCUUAUGAAUGGACAUCAUUCUAAUAGAUAACUCUCACUGCAGUAUCAAUCGCUGGAGGCCAGUGAGUUGUUGACUGCUUGCUCUGAUUCAGAAAUUGGCAAAUUCACUACUGCUUACAGGUUAAAAUGAACAGCUGCAUUAGGUUGCAGGCUCAUUAAUACACAGAAGAACUAAUUCGGGUAGAAAAGUGAGAGUGGAGAAUUGGUUUAUCCCAACAACCCCACAAUAUUCUUCUGGCACUUUCUUUUUAAGAGGGUGCGACUAGGAGUUGCCUCAUCUCAACUGAUGUAAUUUCUGGGCUGUUCUGCUGCUGUUAUGGUUUCUGAAAGCUUUGAGUCAACUGGUGGACAGUGCUCGACUGAGACACUACAGAAGGACAAAGUCAAUCUGCAAGUGCUAUGUUGUUGAAGCCACGUCUUUGUUGAAAUAUUUGCUGAAACAACAAUCUGAUGGAUGCGUGGGAAUAAACAAAACUAAGCUAAUUUUUACGAAGUAAA